CCCUGACUGACUGUCAGGCUGCUGAUGAAACUGUUGCCACGAGUGCAAACGGACCUUCUCUUCUCUCGAGGUUGGCUCAGACGAACGUGGUCUUGUGUUUGAUUAUAAAAGGCCCUUUUGAAAGAUUGUGGAGAUAUGGACGGUUGGCCCUCGAGUGGACAACCUGAAAGCCCCAUGAAGAGUCCAUUAGUGGGUCUAGUGUCGGAGGAAGCCCCCUGAUCUGAUGGUAUCAGUGCCUCGGGGAAAGUGAGCAGAACAAAAAGCUAUCAGGCAGAAACACAGGCCAAAAAGCAGGAUCACUAUCUCUGCCACUGAAACACGCUGUAGCACAAACACACGUAUAAUCAGGAUACACCCACAUACACAGGUAUAUAAGGCACCUGAACUGACCACUGACCAUUGCUAAGUACUCGGCAGAUCCACACAGCAAAGUGAGGAUGGAAAGGAAGCAAAAGGAGAAUGGAGUAGCUGCCAUGGCUGUCUGCUAUCAGGGAUUUGAUCCUGCAGCAUAUCUACAGUACAACUACACUGCACCUCGUGCUGACUUUGGGAGAAAUGACAGCAUAGUGCCAUGGAAACUGGCGUGUCUGCACCGAGCGUUCACUGAAGGAGAUGUGAGUGGUGAGCUGCUGGUGGACAUAGGCUCGGGUCCUACCCUGUACCAGGUGCUGAGUGGCUGUGAGGUUUUCAAAAAGGUGCUCCUCACAGACUUCCUGGAGGUCAACAGGCAGGAGCUGAGGCGCUGGGUCCAGGAUGAGAAAGGCUGCAACCUGGACUGGACACCGUAUCUCCAGCACGUGUGCAAGCUGGAGGGACGACGGCCCUCAGCAUGGACAGAGAAAGCUGCAAAGCUACGCGAGGUCAUCACAGACAUCGUCCCAAUUGAUGUGCACCGUCCCCAUCCUCUGGCCCCCGACGCUCUGCCUUCAGCAGGGGCCGACUGUCUUGUGUCCUGCUUCUGUCUCGAGAGUGUCAGCCCGGACCUUGCUGCUUUCACCAGGGCCUUGGGUCACAUUGGGGGGCUCCUGCGGCCCCGAGGCCACCUCCUGCUCAUUGGGGCUCUGGGUGAGAGUUACUAUUUCGGGGGUCCAGGUGUGAAAAUCCCUGUGGUGCCACUGAAUGAGGCCCAGGUCUGUGCUAGUUUGAAGGAAAGUGGCUUCACUCUUAUACGACUUGAGGUUUACACACUGUCUCAGGACAUGAGGGUCGGAGUCGAUGAUGUGACCGGGGUAUUUUUUGCAAAGGCUAGAAAGGACUAAAGGGUAAAGAUAAGGAUAAAAUAUAAGGGAUAAGAGAUAAGGGAAAAUAUAUGAUAGUUAGAGGGUAUAAAUGAAUACAUUAUAGUCAAAUAUUUUAGAUUUAACUGAAGUAAUAUGCACAGCAAACUAUGAAUUAUUUAUAAGAGUCAUUUUGCAUUAUUCUAUUCCUUUCAAUGUUGCAGUUAAUGUCUUCUUUAAUGGUGCGUAAGGAUCAUGUGACAUGACACCCCAUUUCUUUUUAUUAGUGGCAGAAACAUGAUCAAACAUCGCCUCCUGGAGUUGAAACACUGCAAAUGCAGCAUGAAGAAAAUGUCACGCUUCAAUUGAGCUCUGAGCAAAAUAUGCAAACUUAUUUUUACACAAUUAAAGCUUUAGAAUCAUUACGCGGGUCACAGUUAUGUUUCAGAUCCCCCUGUGUUUAGUGUGUAAAAUAUCACAGCAUUGCCCGCCAUUAAACCACAGAAGCCACAACAUCAAGAACGCAGCGCCUCAAUAUUCUCCCUCAGCAGCGCAAACAGCAGUCCAUAAGGGAUUUAUAAACACCAUAUUAUAUAUUUAUUUUACACUUAACUGUUGCUCAGUGUAAUGAAAUACCUGCUGUGUGACAUCUGGUCAUGUGAUUAAAGGAGCAGUGUUACCAAAAUGCUUUA